ACAAGUAACCUCCACCGUCAUUUCUGUACUUUUACAAUAUUUUUAAUAAAAAUUCGUUUUUGUGACCUUAUUUUAUAUAAAAUAAUUAUAUUUUUAUUUUGUGUUAAAUGUUUGUGACAAAAAUGUGUUUUAUAAUUAGAAAUAAUAUAAAAGUAUAAAAAAUGUUGGAAUUGGUCCCGCGUGUUUCCUUCCCGCGCACGUCGUACUAGGUGGAAGUUGGUCAUGGUCGUCCGCCAAACGGAAAGCCGCCAUGAUGGCUUUCUGUAAAGUACGCUCAAUAUGUAAAGUUUCGUUAUUGUUUUUCAUUAAUUGUGACUGAGUGCGUGCAAAAAUUAAUCAUGGGAACGAACUAGAGUGUGCAAAGUUCAGUUUACGGUCCUUUGGGACCUCCUAGUGGAGCUAUAAAGUGUUUUAUAAGUGCAUUUUUGUGUCGACGCUAGCGUGUUUUGUUCUGUCAACAAAAUGUCGAAGCUCUCGUUUAGGGCGAGGGCCCUGGAUGCGUCGAAACCAAUGCCCAUAUACCUCGCCGAGGAGCUUCCGGAUUUACCGGACUACUCGGCGAUUAACCGUGCUGUACCUCAGAUGCCUUCUGGAAUGGAAAAAGAGGAAGAAAGUGAACACCAUCUGCAGAGGGCGAUAUCAGGCACUGGUCUGAUAAUACCAACGCCUGAGGUAUGCCAGGUCAGCGACCUAGACUUCUACGAACGAUGUUACCCGCCCGAUUACAAAAUGCCCAAGCAGCACAUACACAUGCAACCGCUGUGGGAAGAGCAAGAGGCGCCAGAAUACGACAUCGACACGGAGGAUGAAAGGUGGCUGAAACAGCAAAGGCAUCCUGAGCUAACAGAGCUGAAAUUCGAGCAGAUGAUGGACAAGCUGGAGAAGAGCUCGGGCCAGACGGUGGUGACCCUCAACGAGGCCAAGCUGCUGCUGGAGAGGAACGACGACCUCGUCAUCGCGGUCUACGACUACUGGCUCAAUAAGCGGCUUAAUACGCAACACCCGCUGAUCCUGUCGGUGAAAACAGAGAACAGGCCGGGCCAGUCGUCCAACAACCCUUACCUGGCGUUCAGGCGGCGGACAGAGAAGAUGCAGACCAGAAAGAACAGGAAAAACGACGAGAGCUCAUACGAGAAGAUGUUGAAACUGCGACGGGAUUUGGCCAGAGCGUUGAGCCUGUUAGAGUUGGUUUCACGUCGAGAGAACGCCAAGCGAGAGCUCGUCCGAUUGACUGCACUGAUCGCCGAGCGACGGUACCACGCCGGAGACUUCGCCAACCAACUGCUGCCUGAACCACCGCCAAGGACAACCUACAGCGCAGUGCCGAUAUCGUCGUCGACGUUCCGUCGCGAGCCGUACCCGCUCCCCCACUACCCGCCGCGCCCACCCCCCACGCCUGUCGACCAGCCGCGACAGCGUGAAAAGCGACCGUACAAGAGACGGAAACACAGGCAUCCGGUCGUCGGCUCCGUGCAGGGGCUGAGAGACUCUGGCGUGUACACGUCUUCGGAGGAGGAGAGCAGCGCCCGCGCCGAGGCCGCCACUCCGCCCGACGAUGGACCGUUCACAUUCAGACGGAAACCCGGCUGUUAUUAUGAAAUGCCGACGUCUACGUUGUACGGAGACCCGUUGGACCCGGAAGAUACCUCCGCCGACGCUUUGUGCGAACACGAGGUCGAUGAGAGGCAUAGGUACACGCUGACGUCGCUCCGGUCGGAGGGCGGCACGCGCUGCAUCGGGUUCGCGCGGCGGCGCGUGUCGCGCGGCGGGCGCGUCGUGCUGGACCGCACGCGCACGCCGCUGCACGACCUCUUCACGCACCUGCCCUUCACCUUCACCGACUCGCACCACUACCGCCGGGAGAAGGACGAGGAGGUGGAACUCGAGACAAAAGCGCAUCGUACGCCAAAAGAGAUGACUCGAGACUACCAUACAAGCGGCAAGUACCCCUGGAGACAUGCGUUCAGGCGACACCUGGCCAGGAAUCCAGAGCUCUGGACGAAGCCAGACCCAGACAACGCAGACGACGGACACACAGACAGAAAUAGCCUACCAGACGUUAUACAAGACAGUGUUAAAAGUGAUAUUAGAUUUAGUGCGAGGACUAUAGAUGAUGUUGUACAAGACAAUCUGCAGAGAGUUAUGAGAAAGCGUUCUUAUAGCGGCUGCUCGGACAGUAGCUACGAUUCGGAUGAACCGCUGCAGCCCGUCGAGAAGGAGUUUGAGCAGUUUAUCAAUGAAGUUAAUAAGAAAUGGUUACAUUUCCGACCGAAAACACCGCCCCCUUCGCCGCCCCGCCAAGAAAAGCCGGACCCCGAUCAGUUCCCGAUCGCCCUGGACACCCCGAUCUCCGUAGAACUCAGGGCUGCUGAGAAGCCCCCGACCGAAGGCCUAGACUCGUUCACUACUUCGGAGUUCACUCUCGGAGAAUUGUACCCGGAUAUUACUCCGGAUAUAGACAAUAGUGCCGGUAGCCUGGACAUCAGCGGUGAUGAUCUGCUAACUGAGAAUUUUACGGGUCUGACAGAAGCACAAGUGGAGAGCAUACUAUCGGAGACGGACCUCAAGGCACUAGCCGAGGAGGACGACAAGAAGAUAGCGAUAACGGACGAUAUCUUGGAUGAGCUGGUGAACAACGUGGACGCUAAGGAUUCUUUUUUAUUGCACGGCCAGAGUUCGGACGGGCGUGCCGACUCUGGCCCGAGGAAGAGAAAGGCGGACGCGUUUGGUUCGACCGUCGUGAACGUAACGAACGCGGAUAAAGAAAUAAUUUACGUGGACAUGGUCAAAAACGAACCGCCGCCGCCAGCCAAGAUCGAAACGCCCAAACCAAUCAAAGAGGAGAAGGUGGCAGAGGUACCAGCGCCGGUACCGACCUCCAACAUCAUCGUCGAAGAGGUCAACGAGGUACCACACAUCAAGAUCGAGAAGAAACGCAAAGAGGACACCAUUGAAGAGGUCCAAUUACCUCACGGAGUCCAACUAAAGACUGUACAGACGAAGCACUCGCCGCUUAAGAAGCAUAUAAUUACCUCAACCGGGCAUCGAAGAGCGAGCGAUGUUGCUAUUGUCACUUCCGUGGCUACUGAACCGCAGGCUCCUUCUCAGCCUCAGAUCGUGACUGUUGCUGUUUCUGAUAGUUUGAAGGUGCGGCUACAGAACCACCUGCUGUCGGCCCAGUCGGGAGUGCUCGUGCAGAACGGACCGUUCCCGCCCGUCGUCGCCGUGCCCGUGCAGGCUAGGGAUAACACAGGUACAGUCAGCGCAGCCAGCGCCAGCGGCAGCACGAGCUCUACCCCGGCGGCCAGCUCGGCGGGCGGCGGGCGGCGCCUGUCCGCGCCGCUCGUGCAGCUGGCGGGCGGCGCGCUGCACAAGCACGUGCUGCACGCGCCGCACGCGCCGCUCGUCGUCGCGCAGUCGCAUCUACAGCACGUGCCGCCCAGCAAGCUCAAGGUACUCCACGCGCACCCGCUCACGCAGACACAGCGCACCGCGCUGCUCGCGCAGAACCGGGCGCUGGCCGGCCUGCCCGCCGUCGUGUCGCUGGCCGCGCUCGACGGCAAGGCGCCCGCCGCGCUGCUGAAGGCGGCGCCCGGCUCCGUCGCGCAGCUGUUCGAGAUCAAGGCCGGCCAGCUCGGCAAGGGCCCGCACCUCGUCAACGUCGUGCGCCAGCCCGCGCCCCGCGCGCCCCCCGACGACAAGCGCCGCGUCAACCUCAGCCUCGACGGGCGCCAGCUCGUGCGCGCCGCGCUGCCCGGCGCCGUGCGCCACCAGAUCCAGCUCAAGUCGCGCGCGCUCGGGCCCGUGGCGCCGCGCGCGCUGGUCGCCAACCUGCUGCACAAGGCCGUGCCGCUGCCGCGCGCCGCGCACAAGAUCGCGCUGGGCGGCGCCGCGCAGCCGCUGUCGGCCAACGUGUCGGCCAUCGCCUUCGCGGCGCCCGCGCAGCUCAAGCGGCGGCUGGGCCCCCCGCGCGCCCCCGCCGCGCCCGGCGCCCCGCCCGCCGAGCCGGCGCCGUCGACGUCCGGCGCGGCGGCGGCGCCGGCGCCCGAGGAGACGGCGCCCACGAACGGCGCGGUGCGGCGCCGGGCGCCGGACACGCUGCCGAUGGAGGUCACUACAGCUUAUAGUGCCGGUAGCCUGGACAUCAGCGGUGAUGAUCUGCUGACUGAGAAUGUUACGGUUGAAGAAUGUCCGGCACGGUAUGGUUUGCCUCCAGCCACAGUAAGCGCGGCCAGCGCCAGCGGCAGCACGAGCGCGGCCCCGGCGGCCAGCUCGGCGGGCGGCGGGCGGCGCCUGUCCGCGCCGCUCGUGCAGCUGGCGGGCGGCGCGCUGCACAAGCACGUGCUGCACGCGCCGCACGCGCCGCUCGUCGUCGCGCAGUCGCAUCUACAGCACGUGCCGCCCAGCAAGCUCAAGGUACUCCACGCGCACCCGCUCACGCAGACACAGCGCACCGCGCUGCUCGCGCAGAACCGGGCGCUGGCCGGCCUGCCCGCCGUCGUGUCGCUGGCCGCGCUCGACGGCAAGGCGCCCGCCGCGCUGCUGAAGGCGGCGCCCGGCUCCGUCGCGCAGCUGUUCGAGAUCAAGGCCGGCCAGCUCGGCAAGGGCCCGCACCUCGUCAACGUCGUGCGCCAGCCCGCGCCCCGCGCGCCCCCCGACGACAAGCGCCGCGUCAACCUCAGCCUCGACGGGCGCCAGCUCGUGCGCGCCGCGCUGCCCGGCGCCGUGCGCCACCAGAUCCAGCUCAAGUCGCGCGCGCUCGGGCCCGUGGCGCCGCGCGCGCUGGUCGCCAACCUGCUGCACAAGGCCGUGCCGCUGCCGCGCGCCGCGCACAAGAUCGCGCUGGGCGGCGCCGCGCAGCCGCUGUCGGCCAACGUGUCGGCCAUCGCCUUCGCGGCGCCCGCGCAGCUCAAGCGGCGGCUGGGCCCCCGAGCGCCCCCGCCGCGCCCGGCGCCCCGCCCGCCGAGCCGGCGCCGUCGACGUCCGGCGCGGCGGCGGCGCCGGCGCCCGAGGAGACGGCGCCCACGAACGGCGCGGUGCGGCGCCGGACGCCGGACACGCUGCCGAUGGAGGUCACGUGACCCGCGCCGCGCCUGCUGCGUGUCAACUUCCACAGUCGGCGCGGCCAGCGCCAGCGGCAGCACGAGCGCGGCCCCGGCGGCCAGCUCGGCGGGCGGCGGGCGGCGCCUGUCCGCGCCGCUCGUGCAGCUGGCGGGCGGCGCGCUGCACAAGCACGUGCUGCACGCGCCGCACGCGCCGCUCGUCGUCGCGCAGUCGCAUCUACAGCACGUGCCGCCCAGCAAGCUCAAGGUACUCCACGCGCACCCGCUCACGCAGACACAGCGCACCGCGCUGCUCGCGCAGAACCGGGCGCUGGCCGGCCUGCCCGCCGUCGUGUCGCUGGCCGCGCUCGACGGCAAGGCGCCCGCCGCGCUGCUGAAGGCGGCGCCCGGCUCCGUCGCGCAGCUGUUCGAGAUCAAGGCCGGCCAGCUCGGCAAGGGCCCGCACCUCGUCAACGUCGUGCGCCAGCCCGCGCCCCGCGCGCCCCCCGACGACAAGCGCCGCGUCAACCUCAGCCUCGACGGGCGCCAGCUCGUGCGCGCCGCGCUGCCCGGCGCCGUGCGCCACCAGAUCCAGCUCAAGUCGCGCGCGCUCGGGCCCGUGGCGCCGCGCGCGCUGGUCGCCAACCUGCUGCACAAGGCCGUGCCGCUGCCGCGCGCCGCGCACAAGAUCGCGCUGGGCGGCGCCGCGCAGCCGCUGUCGGCCAACGUGUCGGCCAUCGCCUUCGCGGCGCCCGCGCAGCUCAAGCGGCGGCUGGGCCCCCCGCGCGCCCCCGCCGCGCCCGGCGCCCCGCCCGCCGAGCCGGCGCCGUCGACGUCCGGCGCGGCGGCGGCGCCGGCGCCCGAGGAGACGGCGCCCACGAACGGCGCGGUGCGGCGCCGGGCGCCGGACACGCUGCCGAUGGAGGUUUUUGAUCAAUAUGAUCAUGACAAAGGGACGAAGGUCGCUUUUAUAUACUCCAUGAACUGCAGUCUUCCCGUCGAUAUUCUGUGUCCGCUACAGUUUCAUUUCGGACGAUCUCAGAAAUGUAGUUUGAGGUCUUGGUUCAACGUGUUUGCCACAGUCGGCGCGGCCAGCGCCAGCGGCAGCACGAGCGCGGCCCCGGCGGCCAGCUCGGCGGGCGGCGGGCGGCGCCUGUCCGCGCCGCUCGUGCAGCUGGCGGGCGGCGCGCUGCACAAGCACGUGCUGCACGCGCCGCACGCGCCGCUCGUCGUCGCGCAGUCGCAUCUACAGCACGUGCCGCCCAGCAAGCUCAAGGUACUCCACGCGCACCCGCUCACGCAGACACAGCGCACCGCGCUGCUCGCGCAGAACCGGGCGCUGGCCGGCCUGCCCGCCGUCGUGUCGCUGGCCGCGCUCGACGGCAAGGCGCCCGCCGCGCUGCUGAAGGCGGCGCCCGGCUCCGUCGCGCAGCUGUUCGAGAUCAAGGCCGGCCAGCUCGGCAAGGGCCCGCACCUCGUCAACGUCGUGCGCCAGCCCGCGCCCCGCGCGCCCCCCGACGACAAGCGCCGCGUCAACCUCAGCCUCGACGGGCGCCAGCUCGUGCGCGCCGCGCUGCCCGGCGCCGUGCGCCACCAGAUCCAGCUCAAGUCGCGCGCGCUCGGGCCCGUGGCGCCGCGCGCGCUGGUCGCCAACCUGCUGCACAAGGCCGUGCCGCUGCCGCGCGCCGCGCACAAGAUCGCGCUGGGCGGCGCCGCGCAGCCGCUGUCGGCCAACGUGUCGGCCAUCGCCUUCGCGGCGCCCGCGCAGCUCAAGCGGCGGCUGGGCCCCCCGCGCGCCCCCGCCGCGCCCGGCGCCCCGCCCGCCGAGCCGGCGCCGUCGACGUCCGGCGCGGCGGCGGCGCCGGCGCCCGAGGAGACGGCGCCCACGAACGGCGCGGUGCGGCGCCGGGCGCCGGACACGCUGCCGAUGGAGGUCACGUGACCCGCGCCGCGCCUGCUGCGUGUCAACUUGUACAAGGCUGUGAAAUAGUUAAUCCGAGGCCGCCGUACGACACCGCUUCCUAGGUACACCGGCCCUCGCUAGUUUUUUUUAGCAAAAGAGACAUUCGUUAGUUUUGUUUUGUUCGUUUAAUGUGUAAUGUGCGCGUGGGGACGGAAUAGAAAUGUUUAAACAUGUGUAAAAUAAUAACCGCAUUACUGUGUAUCAUAUAGUUUUAUGUGUAUUAUAAAUAAUGAAAAUAUUUACUUAAUAACUCGGUGAGGCGCGGUCGCGCGGUCGCGUGUCCCGCGCUCGGCAGAUCGUAUAGUUUAGUAUUAUUUUGUGUUUGUACCAUUAAUUUAUUAUUAGACAACUUGUAUAUAGAGACAGUUCCGUUUGAUAUCACCCUUAUGUUGUUAGUGAUAAGGUCGGUAGUCGACCGGCGACGUCUCCGGCCGUGUUCCAGGAUAUACUUGUAACCGCACUCGCUUGUAUGCAACAUUGCCGACACGGAAUACUGAAUCAAUAUAUCGACCAUGUCCGGCAACCCUACGAAAUUGUAACGUGUCAACGUGUGGCAACACUGGAGACGAUCGCAGUGUUGCUAUAGUAAUAAUAAAUACUUAAGUAUCUGCUUUCGAUGGGAGGCAAUGUAUGUAAAAAUUAUUUCGUGUGAUUAUGUACCUCGGUGGGCGCCAAUUGGCACUUGUACCGAGUCGCCCUUGUAAGGAUGCCUUUCUGUAGCUCUUAUAUUAACGAAAAUGGACUCUGGAGAGAAUAGAGACGCCUCUAAAGGGAUUAUAA